CCAACAAUUCAUAUUCAUCCAAUCCUAACUCUUCAUUCACUGCCCCGCUACCCGGUUAUGGUAAGACCCUCAACUCAAGCUCGGUACCUACUGCAAUAGGUAAACACCUAAAAGUCACAAGUAAAUCUUUUAAUCAUUUUCUCUUUUUUUUAUCGGAGGGGCGGUGAACUUUUCAUAUCUUUUGGUACAUAUUGACAGAAAGGGAUUCAUAAUAACCCAACAAAAAGUUGAUCGUUGUCAUAAGUAUUUGGUAUAUUAUCCCAUGCACAUGUGAACAUUUAUACUUUCUUUUUCCUCUAAACCCACCUUCUUUAAGCAUCUCCAUAACGCUAUACAUACAUACAUUAUCUACCCCUCCUCCCUUGUUCAUCUUUUGACUUCUUCACCAUGUCCGGCCUUCCUCCAGUUUAUAUCGUCUCAGCUGCGAGAACCCCCGUGGGAUCAUUCUUGGGAACCCUGUCGAGCCUGAGUGCCACACAGUUGGGCUCCAUUGCCAUCAAAGCUGCUGUUGAGCGUGUUCCCCAGAUCAAGCCUGAAGAUGUAGAGGAAGUCUUCUUUGGCAAUGUUCUCUCUGCAGGGCUCGGUCAAGCACCUGCCCGCCAGUGUGCUAUCGGCGCUGGUCUCCCCCAAUCUGUCGUCUGCACUGGCGUCAACAAAGUCUGCGCCUCGGCCCUGAAAGCCAUUAUCCUUGGCGCCCAAACCGUCAUAACAGGCACUGCCUCCAUUGUCGUUGUCGGCGGCACCGAGUCCAUGUCCAACACUCCUCACUACCUGCCUACUCUACGCAACGGCGCCAAGUUUGGCGACCAAAGUCUAAUUGACGGCAUGCUCAAGGACGGUCUGACUGAUGCCUACGCGAAUGAGCACAUGGGUCUAUCCGCUGAGCUAUGUGCUGAUGACCACGGCUUUGACCGCAAGGCACAGGACGACUAUGCCAUUGAGACCUAUACCCGUGCCCAGAAAGCCACUGCUGCUGGCAUUUUCUCCAAGGAGAUCGUCCCUGUCGAGGUCAGCGGCGGCCGCGGCAAGCCCGCAGUACAAAUCACCACCGACGAGGAAGUUAAGAACCUCAACCCCGAUAAAUUGAGGACAGUCCGCCCUGUCUUCAAGCCCAAGGAUGGCAGCGUCACCGCCGCCAACGCCGCCCCCCUCAACGAUGGUGCCUCCGCACUAGUCCUCAUGUCUGAGGCUAAGGUCAAGGAGCUAGGCGUGACACCCAUUGCUAAGAUCCUCGGCUGGGGUGAUGCGGCCCGUGAGCCGCAACGCUUCACCACCGCCCCCGCACUAGCCAUCCCCAAGGCUAUUAAGCAUGCGGGCCUAACCGACAAGGACGUCGAGUACUACGAGAUCAACGAGGCCUUUUCCGUCGUUGCUCUAGCCAACAUGAAGCUCCUAGGCCUGACCCCCGACCAGGUCAACGUAUACGGUGGUUCCGUCGCCAUCGGCCACCCGCUCGGCUGCUCGGGCGCUCGCAUCGUCACCACACUAACGACGGUGCUGCGUGAGAAGAAGGCCAAGAUAGGAUGUGCGGGUAUCUGCAAUGGUGGUGGUGGUGCCAGUGCUAUUGUCAUCGAGAGUCUACAGUGACUAGAUGACGCUGAUACCAGCACUGAAACCGAGACACAAGGGCUCCCUGGGAGAGGAAGAAGGGAUUCACGGAUAUGACGAUACAUGGGUUGAGUACGAAUCAGUAUUGUGACGAUGCCGAUGACGAACUCCAUCCGGACAUAGAUAGAGUUAAGUGGAAAGGGUGAAACCCUCCACUUAACUACCUAGGCGCCUACUUAGGUAGGUAUCCUAUCUGUAGAAGUGUAAAUAUCCUUACCUAUAUAUUCCGUGGAAAGAGGGAAUAAAUGAAAUAAGAAAUAUAAUAUAACCAAA